UUUGAAAUCGAACGCGAUGUGCGAAUCGAAAUUGUGCGAAACGAAUGGCAGCUCUGGUAAUAAUCGAUAUCGAAACUUAUUGCCUUUGCAACUUGACGGAACUGUACAAUUCGGCGGAAUUAAAAAGAAAUCGCUAUGUCGAACAUAAUUUUAAACCACGGUGUUACACUCGAUCGGAAAUGCAACUGCAGGGGAACAGGAAACGACUUACAACUGCUGAAUACGGAUAAGGUGACCAAUUACGGAUUGAUGAGGACAGGCAAAUGCAAGGGAAAAGCCAAUCCGCUAACUCUAAAGCUAAAAACCUUUAUCAACCACGGAACUUUGGUGCUCCACAAAUGCCAUUGCAACGCGCAACUCCUUCAUAUCAUCGAUUUGAUCAACUACGGAACCGUGAUCAACUGCAUGACCACCUGCAAGUUGAGCAAAGAAAAUGAACUGAAGGAACACGUGGAAUCCAAGGAAUCGAAUGCGCCUGACCAGGAAUCACUAGAAACACCAUUGGACCUGAGUGCUUCAAGUAGCUCAGUUUUAUGCCCUGAGGAAAUUACGAAAUUCGCAGACUUGCCAAAGAAGUGCAACGAAUCACGUGAUGUUUCAUCAAAGGGAUGUACAGUUUCACCAAACAAAACACUGAAACGUUCUGUGGAAUCCGGAGAACCCACCGGCAACCCACCAAAACAGCUCGCGUUGAACACAGUAUUAAAAUCGAUCUACAAAUCUUCGCAACAGAAUAUGGGAUCAUCUAAGGAGUGUGCCAUUCCUGUGCAGUACCCAAAUGUAUUACAGAUGUGUCCUAGUUGUAUCAUAUCUUUUCAAAAUGAGAUAAAUCAUCCGAAAAACGUUUCAUUCAUACCAAAAAUUAGGAAAUAUAAGUGCCCUUACUGCCUAAACAGUAAGGCCAACCAGAUCGAGUACAAGGCUCACACGGCCAUCUGUCAGCAGGAACCGAAGCCUUACAAGUGCCCGGGAUGCCCCUACAAGUCCACAAAAUCAUCAAGUGUUAAUGGACACUCUGCCACUUGUUUCUUUCUGCUUGUCCUCAGAAAGCAUCAUUACAAAUGCGUUUCUUUAAAACAUUGCAGCAACUAAGGAACACCAGUUUUUCUCUAUUUUAAAUUAAUUACUUUUUUUUGAUAUCAUGAGCAUUUUUUAAGCUACGGCGUAUUUAAGUUCGUAGUUUACUUUGUUUUCUACUUUACGGAAUCGUAAGUCAACAACGUUUAAAACAAGUUACAUAUAAACUUUUUAAGCCUAAAGUAUGUAAGUCAUACCACAUACUGUUAACAAAUAAAGGCAAGCAGAAAACAAAGAAAAGGUCAAUUCUUUUAGUGAGAUUUAAGGAAAGUGAAGAGUCUAUAAGCCAGCUGCAUUAUCUGUAAGUCAAAACUUGUACCAUUAGAUAUAUUUAUUCCGUUCUAAUUUGACUUACUUCGGUGAAGUGCACCAUAUUGACUUGGAUUAGCCCAAAGGCGCCCAGUUUCUGUGUUCGCUGGCAAUAUUGUGUCCAGAGCAAAUAGAACUUCCUGUACCGCCUGCUUCCCAAAUACCAUUCCUGGCUUCGCAACGACGAUUCCAGCCCCUCCGACUGUAAAUUAGUAAUGUUGCAUAAUUUGUGAUUUUACUGUGGACUUAUCCAAAAGAACUCACCGCCGCCUCCAGUUGGGUUCCCCGUAGACAAAUCUCAAAUGUGAAGCCCACCAGGACCAAAGUGGGUAAUAUGUACUGGGCAAUGAUAAGGACAUCUGAUGUCU